UUAACCCAGCUCUUUCUUGAACACAGUACUUAAACACUUUUUACCGGCAAAUAUUUGAAAAUAAAACCGACAAAAUGUUGAGCUUUUAUUUAAUAUUUUCGGUAUGUCUAGCAACAUACAUAGUAAAUGCCGACAAAGCUGCACUGGGAAAUGACGGUAUACGUAACAAUAAAUUGAACGCUAAAAAGGUGGGUGAAAAUACAGUAAUUGACAAUAUAUCAAUUCACUCGUCAAGUGAGGAAAGUAAAGAACGCGGUGUAAAGCCAAAUAAACCUAACAACAAACGCGGUACAGAAAACACUAAGACAAUACCGCAAGAAAAUAAUCUUAAUGGAAAAUUCGGAAUUCAGAAUAACCGGUAUGGUCCAGGUUGGCAAAACAACCAAGAUGUUAGAAACCAAGAAAACACUAAACGUCCGUAUGGAAACCAGCGAAUCAGACCAAAUCAAAUACAAUCAAAACCAGCGUCAUUUAAUGACUGGCGCAAUAGCAGAAAUCAGAACCUGAACGUAGACUCGAGCGAUGGUGGACUCAUGGUCAACGGUAAAAAAGUGACAAGAACGCCGGGCAAAAGAGUUAAAUAUAACGGUGAUAAUGGAUUGCCCUCGUCCCAGUCUAACGCUCCUAAAUCGAUGACCUUUAAUAACAGUAACAAUACAGGUUAUGCAACUUAUAACCAAGGUGGUGUUAACAUUAACUUUAUAAAUGGUGCAAUGUUGAUCAACGGUAAAAAAGUCCCAGGACUUAAAGCAAACGAAGAAGCAGUGAUCGAAUACGGUAAAGGUGUACUUAAGGUCGACGGAGUAAGUCAAGCAAUGUUCGACGGAAUACAAGGAAGCGGUAAAAUGAUAGUUUUAGGAGAUAGUUUUUCACACACAGUUUACGACGAAGACGAAGAUAGUCGGAUUGGCCAAGGCUAUACAAACUUAGGAAAUCAGAACCUGAACGUAGACUCGAGCGAAGGUGGACUCAUGGUCAACGGUAAAAAAGUGACAAGAACGCCGGGCAAAAGAGUUAAAUAUAACGGUGAUAAUGGAUUGCCCUCGUCCCAUUCUAACGCUCCUAAAUCGAUGACUUUUAAUAACAGUAACAAUACAGGUUAUGCAACUUAUAACCAAGGUGGUGUUAACAUUAACUUUAUAAAUGGUGCAAUGUUGAUCAACGGUAAAAAAGUCCCAGGACUUAAAGCAAACGAAGAAGCAGUGAUCGAAUACGGUAAAGGUGUACUUAAGGUCAACGGAGUAAGUCAAGCAGUGUUCGACGGAAUACAAGGAUGCGGAAGAAUAGUAGUUUUAGGAGAUAGUUUUUCACACACAGUUUACGACGAAGACGAAGAUAGUCGGAUUGGCCAAGGCUUUACAAACUUAGGUAAUAAGUCAAGAAAUAAACCCAAUUAUCAAAACAACAAUUUUAUGACAAAUGUGGGAAAUAAUAAUAUGGGGAAUAUUAAUUCUGGAAAUAUUUACCGAACCAACUUUAAUGGCAGAAAUCGUCCAUGGAAUGCUGGACUCAAUAAUAUGGGGAAUAUUAACUCUGGACUCAAUAAUAAGGGGAAUAUUAAUUCUGGACUCAAUAAUAUGGGGAAUAUUAAUACUGGAAAUAAUAUAUCUCAUAUUGGAGGUGCAUCAUUCGGAAACAACUAUAAUGGCAGAAAACGUCCAACAGGAAUGGGGAAUGUAGCUAUGGGUAACGGUGGAAUGAUAGUCGGCGGUGCAAAUGGCGUACAAAUGGGUAACGGUGGAAUGAUAGUCGGCGGUCCAAAUGGCGUACGAAUGGGUAACGGUGGAAUGAUAGUUGGCGGUGCAAAUGGCGUACGAAUGGGUAGCGGUGGAAUGAAAGUCGGCGGUGCAAAUGGAGUACAAAUGGGUAACGGCGGAAUGAACGUCGGCGGACCAAAUGGCGUACAAAUGGGUAACGGCAGAAUGAAAAUCGGCGGACCAAAUGGUAUAGAAAUGGGUCCGAACGGAAUAACGGUUGGCAAUUAAUACGUUAAUUGGUGGAAUUGGAAUAUUAAGUUAAGAAGAAAUUGUAUUGUGAAUUCGAAAUAAGCAAAAAACAACCUCAAUAGUUAACAAGUUAAAUAAUAUUACAACGGCUAUUUGUAGUUUUGAAACAGUAAAAAGUAUAAUUGAUUC